GAAAGCCCAGAAAUGCCCAGGACUCAGAAGCCGAGACUUCAGAAUAAAGACGAACAGUCAAGAACUAGGGGAGGAAAACGACAGCAGAGGAAGUUACCCUCCUCAGAGUAAGCGGGCACUGAUAAUAAACCACUUUCAACAUGGCCACUGCUGUCCACAUGCCAGCCCCAGUGUGUCUAAUUGAGAACGCUAAUGGAGAACUGAUAGUGAACCAGAAAUCACUGGAGAUUCUCUCUUCAAUAACCGAGCCUGUGGUGGUGGUGGCUGUUGUGGGCCUGUAUCGCACUGGCAAGUCCUACCUGGUGAAUAAGCUGGCAGGGAAAAAAUCAGGUUUCUCCUUUGGCUCCACAGUGCAGUCUCACACCAAGGGCAUCUGGAUAUGGUGUGUUCCUCAUCCCGAGAAACCAAAUCACACCCUUGUUCUCCUGGACACUGAGGGGCUGGGUGAUGUGGAGAAGGGCGAUAACAAGAAUGACACGUGGAUCUUUGCCCUGGCCGUGCUACUGAGCAGCACCUUUAUCUAUAACAGCAUGGGCACCAUCAAUCAGCAGGCAAUGGACCAGCUGCACUAUGUGACUGAGCUGACAAAGCGCAUCAAGAGCAAAUCUGCUCCCAACACUGAUGAGGUAGAAAACUCCUCAGAAUUUGUGAGCUUCUUUCCAGACUUUGUGUGGACUGUGCGUGAUUUCACCUUGGAGCUGGAAAUAGGUGGGAAACCCAUCACCGCUGAUGAGUACCUGGAGAUCUCACUGAAGCCUAAGAAAGGCAAACCCGAAGAAGUUAAAAUGUUCAACCUACCUCGUCUGUGUAUCCGCCAGUUUUUCCCCAAGAAGAAAUGCUUUAUCUUCGACAGACCCACCCACAGAAAGAAGCUUUCCCAGCUGGAGAAACUUCAUGACAGUGAACUGGAUCCUGAAUUUGUGCAACAAGUUGAAAACUUCUGCUCCUGGAUCUUCCAGCAUUCCAAGGUGAAAACUCUCCAGGGAGGCAUCAUAGUCAAUGGGGCCCGUAAGUCCUUUCUCUCUCCUAUUCACCUGUCCAGUACUGUUCUUCUAUUGUUUUUAAGAGAAUAGGAGAGGAAAGUAGAAGA